AUGGUGAAGGUGAGUUCUUCUAUCAUUAAAGCAAAGGAGAUAUCAGCAAUAACUAAUACUACUAUUGUUAAUCAUGAGACUGCUGAAUUUUUAGAAAACAAGUUGAAGAAGACUUUAGAAGAGAUACGCUCUUUAGAUCAGUAUCAUAUUGCAGAUUGUUAUGAAAUUUCACCUGAAUUAUUAACCGAAGAAUUCAUCUUAAA